AUGGCUAAGGAGAAGGAAGCGCCGCUCAAAGAAGCGCUCUCGAAGAAGGGCGGUUUGACCCUGUCGCAACUCGCGCAAUACGACGACCUGGCGACAGAUGUGCUGGUCGACAAGGUGUACUUCUGGGCGAUAAUCCGCAAGAACCGCACGCGCUACGCGCCGGUCCGGAACAUCCACGAAGAAGACAUUGCCCGCAUUCUGCGCGACUCGGUGGUCAUUAACAAGGAUCCGGUGCGCGCGCAAGAGCAGCUGUUCGAGCUGCCCGGUCUGAAGCGGUACCUGGCCAAACUGGCCACCAAGGACGAGAAAGAGCACUUCAAGCGGCACUUCCGCAAGUACGUCAACUUGUACAUGCCCGACUGCCCGUGGGAAGUGUCGACUACGAACCGCUACACCAUCACCCAGCACGAAGCCGCCGUCACGGCGCGCCGCGACAUCCGCAAGAAUGAGGCUAUCAAGUACCUGUGUGGCAUUCAGGUCGCCAUGACCAAGGAGGAGGAGGAGACGCUGGAUUUGAACAAGCGCGACUUUAGCAUCGUCAUGUCGAGCCGUAAGAAGGCUCCUUCGCUCUUCCUGGGUCCGGCGCGCUUCGCCAACCACGAUUGCGAUCCGAACGCGAGAUUGACGACAAAUGGCCCGAAUGGCAUGGCAAUCGUCUCAAAGAAGGAUAUCGAGGCCGGCGAGGAAAUCACGGUGUCAUAUGGGGAGGAUUACUUUGGCGACGACAACUGCGAGUGUUUGUGCGCGACGUGCGAGAAGCUGGCCAGAAAUGGCUGGGGCCCACCAAAGAAAGAGACGGACGGCGACGCAGACGACUCUGAGAACCAGGUCCUGCCGCAGGAAGGACCGUACUCUUUCAGGAAGAAGAGGCGUUACGCGACGGAUUCAGCAACGGCUUCGCGCGAUACUACCACCGAGCCUUUGGCCCGGGAAGACGGAAAGAAAAAGGUCGAUACACCGCAAACAUCGCAUCCGUCGAGUCCAAGAGGGAAGAAGAGAAAAGCAGACGAAGUUGAAGAGCAAACAAGGCCAUUGUCUUCAGGAUCAGAGAGCCAGAAGCGGCACAAGACAAUAGACGGUAUGCAUAUCAAGAUGGAGCGCACAGAAUCACAACAAAGCCAGGACACGCCUCAAAGCUCCGAAGAGGAGCCUGGUCCUAUGACCACUGCUAUGGCAAGGCUCCGAUCUAUCCGCAGUCACCAGCGAGAUAGGCUUCUUGCUACGACACUCGCAGAAUCGGAAUCUGCUAGCGCCAGCUCCCCAGGUUCAUUCAGCGAUGCGUCUCAGCACUCUUCACAGUCAACCGCAGCCACAUCUGUGGACGAGGACCUACCCGCGAGCCUGCCUUCGGAUGGUACAGACGCACAGAUCAAGACCGAAAUAGAAGUCGAACAGAUUCCGGCCAUCGAAAUCAAAGUCGACUCCUCAGAGGUUCAGACCGUCAAACCAACGAACACGAGCAACCCAGCCAACGAACCUUUGGAGGAAUCAGAACUCUCCGAGCUCUCUGACAGCGUCGCUUUUGAUGAUGACAACCAGCAACUCAUCCGACAGAAGCGGCUCAACACGCCUCCCCGUACUCGUUCGCAAAACGGCCCAACUUCUUCAAGCGCUCCCAUCCCAACCAUAGAGAACCCCUCGAAUCCUGGCGACGAACCGCUCGACCCCGACCGCCGCUACCCAGGCGAUUACACCCUGACUUCACUUCUUCUCUGCGCCAAGUACAGCCGCUGGGUCAGCUGCCGCACUUGCGAGGCCGACUUUGUUCAGGAAGACGCCUACCUCACCCGCGCUGCAUGCCCGCGCUGUGAGCGUCACAGCAAGCUGUACGGCUACGCGUGGCCGAAGACAGACAAGGAAGGGAAGCACGACAAAGAGGAAAGGGUGAAGGAUCACCGCGAGAUCAACCGGUUCGUUAGCCCAAGCGAGGAGAGGGAAAUCAGGAAAGGGAAGAAGCAGCUACAGAUGGUCAUCGCGAGGAGGGCGAGCGAACUAAGUGAAAGGCUGGGGAGCGAGAGCGUAGGUGCUGACGGAGAGGGGACGCCCUCGAGCCUGAGGAGGGGGAUGAGGAAGAGGAGCAGUCGCUUGAGUAUGGUUUGA